AUGGCAUUCAGGAGGCAAGUGAAAAAUUUUGUGAAAAAUUACUCAGAUGCUGAAAUAAAAGUCAGGGAAGCGACUUCUAAUGACCCUUGGGGUCCUUCUAGUUCUCUGAUGUUAGAUAUCAGUGACCUGACUUUCAACACGAUUUCUCUCUCAGAGAUUAUGAAUAUCCUAUGGCAGAGACUCAAUGACCAUGGGAAGAACUGGCGCCAUGUGUAUAAAUCCCUUACACUAAUGGAUUACCUCAUCAAGAAUGGAUCAAAGAAAGUUAUUCAGCAUUGCAGAGAGAGGUUCUGUAACCUUCAAACACUAAAAGAAUUUCAGCAUAUAGAUGAAGCUGGAAAAGACCAAGGUUACUAUAUCCGGGAAAAGUCUAAGCAAGUCAUAACGCUGCUGAUGGAUGAACAAUUGCUGCAUAAAGAGAGGGAAGUAGCAUGUCAGACUAGACGGCGUACCUCCUACUCUGUGACAUUUCCUAAAAGAUUACCUGGUAGAGGUAACUCGCCAACUGCAUGUGCUUCUGCCCCUACACCAGAAAUUCCUGCUUCUAAGAACAAGCAUAAGCUUCUUAAGGUUGCAAGGCUGCACAGGAGAAAAAAUUCUUCUAAGGCAGGAUCGAAACAAGAGCAGUGUCAAAACAUCCAGUUGCCUAGUGAGACUGCAUUAUCCCAGGAAACACUACCGCUCAAGAUUAAUGCUUGGAAAUCAACAGAGGACCUGAUGUUAUUUUAUGAUGAUGAUCUGAAGCCACUUUUGCCCGAAAUACCUCCUUCCAUUAUCUCUUCAGCUACAUGGAUGUCAGAAGGGGAGGCAGAGGUUUGUAACCUCUGGGAUGCAGAUGCUAUACCCACUCCCUCGAAAAAAAGCCCAUCUCUGCGGACAAAUGUGAGUUUGGACAAGAAAUCAGACAGUACUAUUACAAAUACUGUCCUAGAAAACACCUUGCAAAUGCCUCUAGAAAAGCAGUCAGCUGCAAAAAGUUUUGAAGCAUUGACAACUUUACCAGCAUUUCGGUCAUCAAGUAAAGAAGAGUUCAUAAGCCCCAAUUUAAGAAUAUCAAAGUUAGAUUCUAGUUUUUAUAACCAGGCCUCUGUAGAGACACUCUAUGUCUCUCCCUCAUUCAAAACAUUUGACCCCGUAAAGGAGAUUGUAAUCAACAAGGACCCUCAGAAGCCAACACCAUCCUGCAUGGUUCAGGUGGAUGAUGAAGACCUCCAGCCCUUAACCACAUGGGUUUCAACCGUCUCUGAGGGAACAUCCUCCUUUUCUCCGUUAUCCGUGUCAUCUCCUAAUUCAGCCUCUCCAGAGAAGUCAGUUCGUAUCUCACCCCCAGUUUUGGCUGGACCUUCCUUCUGGACUUUAUCCCAUCAACCAUCUUCUUCUGCCUCCUUUAAAGAUAACGAUAAGACAGCCAGUGUUCAUCAUCCCUUUGCUCCUAGGGGCCCAGUGUCUUCUGAUGAAAAGGAAAAUGACAACCUCAGUCUACUGGAAAUUCUUCCAGAUAACUCUGCUUCUGCUAAAAAUAAAACCAGUCAUAUCUCUAGUGCUAAUUGGGUAGAGUUUUCCACUCAGAAUGUAGACCACUUCACUUCUAUGUCCUGUGCUAGUUUUCAGACAACCAAAGGCUUGCCUAGGGAGCCUGAAUCAAACAAUUCUGUUAAAGUUCUUUUAGGAGAGGUAAAAAAUGCUAUAGUCAGAUUACAUGAAGAUCUGAGCAUGGUGAUACAAGAACUUCAUGCAAUCGAUAGCCGUCUGGUAAGCAUGAGUGGGAAUAGUCAGCAAAUAAGCAAAUCUUUGCAGGUUACCCAGUCUUCUGAGGGUAGCUCUGGUCAAAUCUAA